AAAAAAAUGACAUUCCGUAGAAUGUCAAAUGCGUAUCAAUGUUGGAAGUUGCCGGUUGGGGAGUUCACAGAAAUCAAGGGAUUCGGACGUAAAUUACGGCAGCUAGGAAAUCAAGGGGGCGGGCAACAGAAGAAAAAACAGGGAAAUCAAUUCAAGAGGGACAAAAUCGUAAAUUCGAACACCUAGAAGGAGAGCACGACAUUUCCCCUUUUCCCUGUGCUGUGCUCCCAUCAGCUUAUUAUAUAAACACAAAAACAAACGACGACUCAGCAUCCUGUCUUCACAUCAUCCUCCCACCGGCCCCGACCACGAGGCCAAGAUCACGAGCUCCUUCCAUCCCACUUCAGCUCUCCCCUCAAUCUCGUCCCUCUCCUUUUUCUCUCUCUCUCUCUCUCUCUCAAGAAUUCGUUGGUAGCAGAGAGAGAAAAUAUAAGAAUGGGUGGCAAGAAGUUUGGGGUUCUGCUGUGUGCAGAUGAUCCCGAGUACGUGAAGAAGAUUUAUGGAGGGUACUUUGGAGUUUUCGUGAGAAUGCUGGGGGAAGAAGGUGAAACCUGGAAGGUGUUUCGUGUGGCCAAUGGUGAGUUCCCUGAUGACGAAGAGAUUAAAGAGUUUGAUGGGUUUGUCAUCAGUGGAAGUUGCAGUGAUGCUCAUGGGACUGAUGGCUGGAUCUGCAGGCUUCUCAAUCUGCUCAAACAAUUGGAUUCCAUGAAGAAGAAAGUUCUGGGCAUAUGCUUCGGUCACCAGAUACUGGGACGUGCACUGGGUGGAAAGACCGGUCGAGCAACAGCAGGGUGGGACAUUGGAGUCACAAAUGUUCAGCUAUCAUCGUCGAAGCUCUUCACAUCUUUGAAAAUGCCUGCUUAUCUCUCUGUUAUUGAAUGCCACCGUGAUGAGGUGAGGGAACUUCCACCAAAAGCUGAAGUACUGGCCUGGUCUGGUAGAACAGGGGUAGAGAUGUUCAGGUAUGGUGAUCACAUCAUGGGCAUUCAGGGUCAUCCUGAGUAUACCAAGGACAUUCUUCUGCACUUGAUUGACCGUCUUCUUCAACGCAAUCUCAUCGAGGAGUCGUGUGCUGAUGAGGCUAAGUCUGACUUGGACGCUCGCGAACCUGAUAGGGAGGCAUGGAAGAAGUUGUGCAUCAGCUUCCUCAAGGGUAGUAGAUUGUGAUGAUGAGGUUUCAAUUCAGCGUAGGCGAAUUUGGGGAAGCUGUAGAUAAGAAGAUCCACUGUCCUCCAGGAUUUGAUUAGGGAAAUUUCUAUGUGCACAUUUUCCUUAAAAACCCUGCAAAAAGACCAUAUGGAGCAGGCAAUUACGGAGAAAGAGUUAGUCGUUUUGACAUCAUUACAUGUCAUUACUGUCGAAAUAGACUGGACUCUCGAGGUCAAAUGAACCUGUUUUGAUUUAACUUCAAGGCCUUUGAUUUGAUUUUUCUUCUCUA